AUGGCGGCCAUGGCAGGGGAGGAGGAGGAGUACGAGGCGGUGCUGUGCGUGAAACCGGCCGUGCACGUCUACCGGGUACCGCCGCGGGCCUCCAACCGCGGCUACAGAGCUGCGGAGUGGCAGCUGGACCAGCCGGCGUGGAGCGGCAGGCUGCGGAUCACAGCCAAGGGCAAGAUCGCCUUCAUUAAGCUGGAGGACAAGACCUCGGGAGAGCUUUUUGCCCAGGCACCGGUGGAGCAGUUCCCUGGCAUCGCUGUGGAGAGCGUGAUGGACUCCAGCAGAUAUUUUGUCAUCCGGAUCGAAGACGGGAACGGCCGUCGAGCUUUCAUCGGAGUGGGCUUUGUCGACCGUGGGGAUGCUUUUGACUUCAACGUGGCUCUCCAAGACCAUUUUAAAUGGGUGAGGCAGCAGAGCGAGCUGGCCAGACAGGCCGAGAACCCUGAUCAGGGACCCAAACUGGAUCUGGGCUUCAAGGAGGGGCAAACCAUCAAACUCAACAUUGCGAACAUGAAGAAAAAAGAAGGAGCAACAGGGAACACCAGACCGCGGCCAGCGGGUCCUGGGGGCCUGAGCUUGCUCCCACCGCCUCCCGGAGGAAAAUCUUCUGCUCCGCUUUGUCCUUCCGGAGAGCGGCCAUCUUCGCUGUCCGCUCCCACCCAGCUCCCGGGCACUCCCAUCACAGACUCCCUCUUGUCCUGGCCGCAGCCCGCUGCUGCUCCCUCUACCGCCGCCGCCGACGUCUGGGGAGACUUCGCCAAAGCUUCGGGGUCGGCUUCUAACCAGACUCAGGCAAAUGCAGGCUGGGUUCAGUUCUGACCCCAGCCCCUCAUACGCUCUUCCCUGCUCGGGUGCUGGGAUCGUCGCGAUUCCUUCAGGACCAAAGCUCGGGCUUCGGGACACCCCGCUCCUGCCCUUAAAUCCCUCCCCCGGGAUCAAAAUGCUGAAAUAAGUGCCGGAGAGCAAAUGAACACGUGCCUUAAAACACUCCACAGCAUUGGGGGCCUUUUAUUUUCUACCUGGAUUGCAGCAAACCUCUGAGGCUUCUCCUUUUGCAAAAAA